UUUAGAUUAACUAAUCUAUCAAAACAGGGCUGGGCCAAUACCAAGAAAUCUUCCCCACCACGAGUGGAAAGCCUGUGACACCACAGUCUCCUGAAUUGGCAAAACCUGCCAAGUUAGGUUCACGAGUUAUCUCCUCAAGAACCCAUUCUUGCUUUUCCUAUAUAAACACCCAAAACCCAGAACUUGGAGAGAAAAGAAAAGCAUUAGUAGUAAUAGAGUAUAGCAACAAAAAUGGAAAGAGUCCAAAAGCUUUUUCUUGUGAUUGCUGUGCUCCUUGCAGUAAUCAGCAGCAACAGGUUGCUUCAGCUUUCUAAUGCACAAACCAUCUGCAACAUGCCGGUGGCAGGACUAAUGGCAUGCAAGCCUGCUGUGACUCCUCCAAACCCUGCUGCUCCGACAAGCGACUGCUGCUCGGCUCUUUCCCACGCAGACAUUCGGUGUCUAUGCUCUUACAAGAAUUCCAAGUUGCUUCCUUCUCUUGGGAUUGAUCCAAACCUUGCCAUUCAGCUUCCAGCCAAGUGCAAGCUUCCUCACCCUGCCAACUGCUAGAUUAAAGAACAAGUUGAGUUUCUGCUCAGUUUGGAAGGAUUUAAUAAUUAGCAGAAAGAAACAAAAGCUGUUGUUGUGAUAAAGGUGAAGUUUGAGGGAUCUUUUGAUGUUGGCUAAUUUAGCAACUUAUUGUAUUUUUCUUGUUCUUGAGUUGGCAUUAUAUCUGUAUGAUGGUUGUGUCUCAAAUGGAAUAAUAUUUUAAGAAAUGUUCUAUGUUAA